CUCGAUGGCUAGAGAAAUCACCUCUAUACUCAGCGGUUUUUGAAUAAAAAAGGAUAAAAUCGCUCCAUUACGAGUUGACAUUACUUUGUAUUAUGAUUUAUUAAUAAUAUUUAGUUUCAUUAUAAUCGACCGUUAGAAGUAGAGUGCACUAUGUUGUAGUGGUAGAUGAAGUGAGUUGUUUGUAUCUACUCGAAUUGGUAUCCUAAACAUUCGUCAGCAUUCUUACCGCUACUGUCCGCCACAGUGCGCCACGUCACGGACGAGAACUACCAUUAAAGGGCAUUAUGUUCUACGGAAAGAAGCUUAAAAAGUACUUUAGUUGUUACAAUUCCGAUAGCGUUAUCCUCAGAUGAUUAUUAUGUGAUUUGGAUUUCCAUUGCGUGAUAACGCCCGAAUUUCGAUGGUGUGCUCAUUUCCGGUAUUAGAUAAUCUCCAAAGCUUCCUUUAAACUAACUUUCAAAGCUUUCUAAUAAAAUAUCUAUGAGCCAAAUAACAGAGACUCUGACUACUUUGACACUCAACGGCACAGAUUUGAGGGGCCCUUUCGAAUAUCCAGCUAGCUGGGACAACCAGAUCGAUCGACACCUUACUCCAGCCAUUGGUACACAAAUCAAAUCUGGGGUACAGCUCAGCGAUAUUCUUAACAAUGACAAGCUCGUACAUGAACUAGCUGUUCUUAUUUCUCGCAGAGGUGUCGUUGUCUUCAAAGAUCAAAAUCUUAACGAAGAACAACAAGCUAAAUUAGGACAAGCACUCGGCGAACUCACUGGCAAACCAAAAGACAGUAAACUUCAUAUACACCCUCUUACGCCAGACUUCGGUGAAUUCGGACAAGCACCAGCUGUAUUUAACUUGGAUGACAAGUUUAACCAGGACAACUACGAUGAGGAAGUCGAAAAAAGUGAACAUGCAGCUGAAAAUUGGCACACAGACAUCACUUUCGAGAAUGUACCUAGUGAUUAUGCCAUCCUGAAGAUGCAUACCGUUCCUGCAGGAGGUGACACACUCUGGUCUAGCGCCUACACUAUCUACGACAAAAUUUCACCGGCACUUCGUACAUUCCUUUCGACACUGACUGCAACCCACCACGCGCCAACCUUCCAAGACGCUAAACGCAAGUAUGGAAUUACAUUCCGAGGCGAGAAGCCAGAAGAUGUUGGUAGGGGUAGUGACGAGAAUCGUGGUGCAAAACUCCAGGCCAGUCAUCCAAUCAUACGCACAAACCCAGUCACUGGAUGGCAUGGUGUGUUUGUCAACAAGUGUUUCACGAAGAAGAUUGAUGGUUUGAAGAAGGAUGAAAGUGAUGCACUGUUGAAUUACCUCUAUCACCUGCAGAAUUCACAUGAUGCGCAAGUGCGUUACCAAUGGAGCAAGAAUGAUGUUGCAUUGUGGGAUAACAGAACGACCACUCACUGUUGUACACUCGACACAACUGGUCCACGUGCUGGCAAUCGCGUACUCGGUAUAGGUGAACGUCCAUACUAUGACACUAAAGGUUCUUCGCGUGCUGAGAACCUUAAAAGCAAAGGUCUUGCAUUCUAGAAGAUUAGGGAAUUUUUAUAGUCGAUUUUCCUAAUCAAAGGAACCUAUACCAGACAAAAAAAAGACUAUAUUAUUAUUAUCAUUAUCACGAU